UUCUCAUGAAAAUAUUCUUAGACAGGUCCAGAGCCAUGAUGGACCAAGUGCCAAAGCAAGUGACUGGAAUUUCAAUUGCUUCAGCGUCACGCUCUUCUCAAAGAUCUGUAAAUAAUUUUUUGCUGCAGUACCCUUCAAAUGAAUCUUCAAAACUCAGACAAAGAAAAGCACAUUCAGUGAUUGCCAAGGUGAACAAACUUGGGGACAGGAUGGAAGGCAUCCGAGAGCAUGUUCGAUUAGCACCAAAGUUAACGAAAACUGUAAAGGGGAAGUUGAGCUUGGGAGCUAGAAUUCUUCAAGUAGGUGGAGUGGAAAAGGUGUUCAAUAACAAUUUUGGUACCAAAGAUGAUGAGAAAUUGUUAAAAGCUUCUCAAUGCUACUUAUCAACUACAGUUGGUCCAAUAGCAGGCUUACUUUUUGUAUCUACCCAUAAGGUUGCCUUCUGCAGUGAGAGAUCGAUCAAAUUUACAUCUCCAACAGGAAAGCUUCUUAGAGUGUAUUACAAGGUCUUGAUUCCACUUUCGAAGAUAAAACGAGCCAACCAAAGUCAAGACGUAAAACGGCCAUCACAGAAGUACAUACAAGUCGUUACUGAGGACAAUUUUGAGUUCUGGUUUAUGGGAUUCCUAAAUCACCAAGAGGCCUUGAAGUAUCUUGAGCAGGCAAUUUUCGAAACUCAAUGAACAAUUCAGCGUAAUGCUUUUCUUGUAGUUUACUGGUUUUUUACGAAACAAAAUGUGACUAUUGUAAAUGGGAGACAAGAUAAAAUUACUAGAAUUUGUAGACAUAUUAUGGUUCUUCUGUUGCUCAAGAAUUAUGUAAUACACUUGUUCUGGUUAUG